GUCCCUGCUGUCCCCUCCUGUCCCUGCCAUCCCCUGCUGUCCCCUCCUGUCCCCGCUGUCCCCUCGGGCAUGGACCCCGCGGUGCCCAGGGCCACGCUGAAGGCGCUGGGGCUGAGCGCGGCGCUGCUGCUGCUGGUGGCGGCGGUGACGGUGGCGGUGGCGGUGCUGGCGCGGCGCUCCGAGGCCCUGGGCGAGCUCCGGGGCUGCCGGGAGCGGGCGGCCAACGCGAGCCGGGAGCUCGGGGCGCGGCUGGAGGAGCUGCGGCGGCAGCGGGAGCGGCUGCGGAGGGACGGGGACGCGCUGCGCCGGGAGCUGGCGCGGGCACGAGGGGACAGCAGCAGGGACAGUGCCAGCCUCGGCUCCUGCCGGCAGCGGGCGGCCCGGCUGGAGGCCAAUGUCACCGCGCUGGGGGACGAGCUGGCGGCGCUGCGGCGCGAGCGGGCCCGGCUGGCCGGUGACAAAGUGGCGCUGCAAGAGGAGGCGGCGCGGGGCGCGGAGGAGGCGCGGGGGCUGCGGCGGCGGCUGCAGGAGGCGCUGGAGCAGCAGCGGGAGCUGCGGGAGCACCGGGAGCGCUGCGAGGCGCGGCAGCGGGAGCUGCAGGACAGCCUCCGGGACCACGCGGCCGAGCUGGAGGCGCUGCGGCGGCGGGGCCGGGACAGAGGCAGCGGGCGCAGGUGUCCCCCGGGCCGGUACUGCUGGGGGGACCCGGGCACGGGGGACAGCCCCGAGAGGGGGACAGGGAAGGGCUGA